UCUACACAGCAGCUGAAUUCAGGCGGAAAGGAGAUGCUUUGUUACAGCUGGUAAGGAAAUACAACAAAAACAUUAACAUACGUCGAACGUCGAAUUGGAAUCAAAACACGAAACAGAAGCAAACAUGGCUGCGUCCCUGCGACAGUUAUGUUUGGGCAGGGCAUUCCCGCUGAUGCGGGCGACCGUUGGAAGCUCAAGCGUGCGAGGUUACGCGAAAGCGCUAGUUCCAAAGGACAUCAACGAAUUUCUGGUUCGUGAGAGGAAAAAAGAAUAUAUAGAAGUAGAGGCUGAAGCCCCCAUCUACUCGUUAACGGGGGUGCCAGAGGAGCAUAUUACAAACAGAAUGGUGCGUAUUUUUGUUCCGACGAAGAGCGCGAUGCAGUCCGGAACGGCAAAUACCGACAAAUGGGAGAUGGAAUUCGAAAACCGAGAGAGAUGGACGAAUAACCUCAUGGGAUGGACCUCCACUGGCGAUCCCCUCUCAAAUAUGCGUACCCAAUUUACUUCCAAGGAGCAGGCGAUUGCUUUUUGCGAAAAGAACGGAUGGACCUACUUUGUUGAGGAGCCUGCUCCAAGACGUAACCCAAAAAAAAGCUAUGGGGAUAAUUUUUCGUGGAAUAAAAGAACUCGUGUUGGCCAGAAGUAAAUGUGUAAUAAAAAAUGGGAUAGUUCUAGCUGUUUCAAGUUAUAUAGACAACUAAUGAUAGUGUCCGAAAACAUUAUGAGCAAGUGUAAAGAGGAAAUUUUAUGCGGAUAAUAAAGAAAUGAAAACAUCGGAACCUAUGAAAGGUA